GAAAAAACACGCUAAUUUUCCUGUGGCUGAUCGUGUUUCAGAAAGAGCUUACAUUUUUCCAAUAAUACCCUCUGACAUUCACAUAUUCACAAUGCAUACCUUCCCAAUUUAACAUAAGAGCUCUAUUCAAUUAUUUUACAAAUUACAAAAUAAAUUGUUUUUGUUGGAGAGAAGAAAAAUUCCUGAUUCUAACAAUCAGCACUUUUCAAUCGAAGUUUUGCUUGAGUUCCAUGAUAAGGAUUCUGUAACUUUUGAAAAAAUGAAAUCUUACAGACCAUCACCAUCAAGUGUCCGUCACGAUAUGAAUUCAUAUGCUGUGAAACAAGGUGCAAGGAGUAAACUUGGCAAAAGAUUACAUCAGGUAGCACGUCAGGAAGUUGUUGGACAAAAGGAGUCUCAAUAUAACUCCUCGAGGAUGCUGAAGAGGUCAUCCCCUUAUAGCUCAACUGUUUUGGAAGCAAACACGGGAAACACACAUAAAGCUGUAGAAGUGGAAACCAAGCGAAGGAGAGUAGGUCCAAUCACCUUUCACAUGAAAGUAGAUGAUGUUGCUUAUGUAGGAGAUAAUCUCGGUGAAAAAUACGCGCACCAUUCUUUCUACAACAGAUUAAAAGGAUACAGCGACUUGGAAAGGGAAAAAGUAGAUAUUGUUGGCAAUGAACAUGACCUUGCUGGGUGCUCAGAGCAAAAUGAUUCUGACAAUGAUGCUCUUUCUGUUGGCAGUUGCAGUAUUAACAAUGGCUGGAUAGAAAAGUUUUAUAAUUGUUCUUUUGCAGUUCCUCGCCAAGCAAGAGAUUUGGAUUCAAGUGAUGCCGAGUCUGCUAAUUGUUCAUUAGAUGAAGAGGAGAAUUACUCUCACGGUUUGGGUGAAAAUGUUGAAGUAAGUAUUCAUGUGCUAGAGUUGCAAGCUUAUCGCUGCACUCUAGAGGCAUUAUAUGCUUCUGGCCCCUUAAGUUGGGAAAAAGAAUUAUUACUGACUAAUCUCCGGAUUAUGCUCCAUAUUUCAAAUGAUGAACAUUUGUCAGAGUUGAGGAAUCUAAUUGUUAGGUAGCACUUAAAACCAUGGGUUUUUGUUUUUGUUCUAGGGAAUGAUCUUUUAUUUUAUAUCUGCUUUACUGUAUAGUAAGCAAAGUAUCUUUUUGUACUAGGUUCUCCCUGUUGUGGAUAUUAAAUGAAGCAGUCAAGGGAACUACUUGAUAAUUGUACUCAUCAAAUAACAUUCUGCUAAGAAAUGUUUAUGUUUUCUGAUAAUGUUCGUUUUAAGUUAUGUUCUGUAUUCUUCAUAAAUCAUGAUCUGUGUGUAGCACCUUUAAGCUUGAUCUCAAGUAAUUGGUGCAACUCAGAAAUGACACUUCUUUUCAGUUGUUUUCAUGGGCAGUUGCUAAAGACGCAAUGAAAUUGUGUGUUUACUGUUGCAACGAAAUUCAAAUUGUAAUAUUCGUCUGUUAUAUUUAAUUUGAUGUGGUCCGUUGAAUUGGAACUGUGGGUCUGAUUCUUCUGAGGAUGUUAUUGACAGUCCUCUUUUCCAGGGCUACAUCUGGAAGAAUGCAUGCUUGCUUAGCUGCCUCCAAAGCUUUGAAGGCGAUGCUGGCAUUUGUCUAAUCAACUUCAUUGUUUUAUUCUGCGGCUUCUGCCCAAGCUUGCCUGUUGUUACUGUAAUCUCAACAUCCUUUUGGCUGAGGUCGUUACAGAUUGUUAUCUGCUACUACUUCAUACAAGAAUGUGGUGGUUACUUCUUUAAUUUUGUCUCACUUUUGUUCAUCAGUCAAAUUCCACCAAUGGGCCUGGUAGUGUACAGUUUAAAGUUCUUUUCGCCUGUUUUAUAUGACAAUAUGAACAUGUCAUCUUAUGAUUCUUCAAUCUACUUUAAAAACCAACUUCUGGGAAACUGUCAACUUAGGAGGUCAUGUAGAAAACUAAGCUAAGAUGGAUAGUCUCUUAAGACGUGUCUAAUGGACUGAAUUCUGCAUUAUCCUUCCACAUUUCACUCAUUUUUUAGAGUGAGAACACCUGGUUUGUUCUACCAGGAAUAGGAGCAACUUUGCCUUGAGGUCCCUUCUUUCAUUAUCGUUUCAUCAUGCGUAUUAGACACAUUGAACAAGAUUUUUCUGACCAGGAAUCUGAACAGCUUGUAUGUGAAAUGGAAAACAGUGAAGUGAAAUUGUCCAAGUACAUGCUUAGAUCUUUGAUCAUUUGAUGCAUAGAUGAUUACUCUGGUAAUAAAGAUGUGGAUUCUUGUUGUUAACGUGCAUUUUAUGGGUUAUUUUGUUUUCAAGUGAAGACGUUGUGGUUUUCUCUCUUAGACACCAAAACAUUGUUAGCUGGUAUGGUUGCAAGUCUGCCCCAUAUGGCUUCUUCAAAUAUUCGUAGGAUAAUGUGGGGUGCUCCAGAGAACCUAUGUGGACAAACAAAGAAGACAAACUUGUAAGACAAUCAGCCUUGGUCCUUCUAAACUUUUCUUGACUGUUGUUCUGGGUUGUACUGGUUAUUGUAGAGUUUUCGGUUUGGUGCCAUAUUUUGUGUUUAUAAUGCUGUAAACCAUCUGAAACUCAGACUGUUAUUGCUUUUAUCUUUUCUACUUGGUGUAGGAAUGUUUAAUCCCUUGGGAAGAGGGAGAAAAGUGGAAUCUACAUAUAUGCAAUUUUUAUACUGCAUUAACAUUUUCACGGAAUUAUGCCUGCAACUGACCUUACAUAGUUUUACCAUUUUUCCACCGUAUCAUCUCUCUUCUUCUUGAUUCUCCCUCCUUUGUUUGUAGAUUUUUUUCCCUUUCUUUGUACGUCUCUUUUGUCUCUCUGCCUUUGCAUCGUUUUUGAUAUUACUCUUUUCGCUAGUUCCUUUUCAAGAUUUACUUUCUUUUGUUUUCCACGGUCCCUUCACCAAGACUCAACUCUUCCACCAGCCUAACAUUUAUUGGCCGGUCAAGGCUCAUUGGCAUGUUAAUGAUGAGAACUAUAAAUUUGAUUCUUUGCAUGACUAGGCAUCAUCUGCGAUUCCUGAUGAGUAAUGCUAGAAUGGAUUAGUUUCUUGCAUGUGUUGCAGUGUCUCCCAAGGUCAUUGCUUCCUCUUCUAUCCUCCCAGGAAAUAUGCCAUUGGCAGUCAUAUCAUUGGUUGUGCUAUUGAAUCAUGGAAGCUCAUGGAAAAUGAAUACCAGGAAAUGGGUGUUCUGAUGUGUGAUUUGACCGACGAUAGAUGAUUUAAGAAGCUGAAGCUGUCCCGGUAUAUUAGAACAACAGAGCUGGAGUACUUUGAGAGCAGAACACUGCUGGCACCCAUGGCUGGAGAAAGUUAUACAAAACGAUGUCUAGUUCUAGAGUUUGAAAAGUUGGGUUGUCCCAUGUCAAGUUGUCAACAACCUCCUGUUUGGAUGAUCACAGUCAUCGCACAAUGAGUACAGCCGAAAUAAAAGUGCAAGAAAAUGGGCAUGUUUGAAUCUGUUUUGUAUAUAAUGGAACGACAUUUUAACCAACUUUUUGAGUAGAUAUAUUCAUAUUCAUUUGAGAGUUUUCUUUCUUUGUUCUUUUUCCAAGUGAUUUGACAAUUAUGUAAUCAAACUGGAUUUUUGCAUGGGUUUUUUUUUCCCUGUUGGAUGUGGCUCAAGAAUCAUAAUUGCAUAUAUUUUGUUAUUAUGCUAACAUACUUUGGUUUAAGGAUUAACAGAUCUGAUUUUAUCAUUCUUAUUUAAAAACUAUCAGGAUUUUUCUGCAUCAUCAAGAACAAUUUUUCAUUUCAGCUGUUUCAGCAACUCCACAGCCUCAUCCAGCUCUUGAUUUCCUGUGAGUUCCAUCUUCUCCUUCACAUCCUUGACUGUUCUUCUCAAAUGUUCCCCUUUCUGAUCCAACAUCACUUCUUUAAUCAUUCCAGCAAUCAUCUCCUUUUCAAGUUUCCCAUUUUCAUCUCUCAUGACUUCCACAGCAACACCAAUUUCGACAGCCAACUUAGCAUGUAGAGGCUGAUCAAGAUGCACUGGGAUAGCUAUGAUUGGAACUCCAAGCUCUAUGCUUUCCAAUGCAGAAUUCCAACCGCAGUGAGAAACAUAACCUCCAAUGCUUCGGUGUGCCAGGAUUUCUUUCUGGGGUGCCCACUUUUCCAUGAUUCUUCCCCUGUUGUUGACCCUCUCCAAGAACCCCUCAGGAAGAGCUUCAUCAGGCCUAGUUUCUUCUCCCAUUGGAAACCUUAUAACCCAUAUGAAACUCACACCGCUAAGCUCCAAUCCAAAAGCAAUCUCUUCCCUUUCUUCAUUUGUCAGGAAGGUUUCGCUCCCAAAGGAGACGAAAACAGUGGAAAGAUCGCUUUUUGUUUCGAGCCAUUGGAUCAGCUCAUGGUGUCCAUCCUGCUGAUGAUCAUUGCAUACAACAGAAAACAUAGGACCCAGAGGAAUCAUCUUCAUCCUGAUGAUAUCAUAUAAAUAAUCCAUGUAUUUCCCUUCAAUUUCCCUUGAGCUUUUUAAUAGCAUGAUUCCGUCACAGAAUCUAUUAGGCCUCUCAUCUUCGGGGCCAUCUUCUUGAACAUCCGGAUGAUCUGAUUCAAUCUUCUUGAGUGCCCUGGAUUGAUGAAAAUCCGAAAGAUGUAUGGCUUGAAAAGGGAAUUCUACGCCUGGAUUGAUUGCCAAGUGAGAAGCGUAUGCAGCAGUUGAUGCAGAUGUAAACAAGAAUUUCACAGCCGGAAUUCCCUGGACAGAUGUUAAUGAAGCAAUCCAGGUCAAAAGAGCAUCGUAUAUGACCAGAUCAGGACUGAGAUUCUUGAGAAUGCCGGAAAGAUUGGUUUUUGCUCUGAACAGAGCGAUUUUCAGUUUGGGCAUAAGAUGAGGAGGGAGUCCAUUUGUUGUAUGGUAACAAGGGGGAAGUUCUGGGGUGUCAGGAAGAUGAAGAGGGAGGGGAUGAAAUGAAGGUGAGUAUUUUUCUGGGAUUUCUUUCUUGAUGAAUUCGAGAUUGAUUGGAGUGGAACAGAAGUAAAUGAUGAAUCCUCUGUCACAAAGUUUCUUGGCUAGUUGUAACUGGGGAGUUAUAUGGCCGUAAGCCAACCAUGGAAACAUAAGAACCUUAAGAUUAGUUGCACCCAUGAUUUGUCGAAGAAACUCUGAAAAUUUGGAGAUCAGUUUCUCUCAGCUCAGCGGUGUGAUCUAAUUUGAUCUUGUCUGAAUCUUGAUUUAUAACACUAGCUGAGAUUGGAAGUCUCAGUGGGGAAGUCCAGCUCACAAAAUGGAAGUCUCCUGAAUUUUUGCUCGCAAUUAGGAUAAAUGCAGAUUGACUCCUGCAGAAUUCCACAAGUAAACCGCUUUGUCAAGUAGCAUGAUACUUGUGUGAUCAAACAAUGGCAAGCUUCGAAUACUCGAAAUCAACUCCCAUGUUCCAACUCCUUUAAUGCCUUUGCUUUGUUAAUAACUAGAGAUAACAAUCUGAUAGCGUCUUCAUACCACUCGUCUCAUCGAGAUGCUUACAAUUCGACGAAAGAUAUUAAUUACUAUUGCCCACGAUAGACACCUUACGAUAUGAGAAAAUAAAUUAUUUAUUUGAAAGCUAAUCAUAACUAAUCACUGUAAUUUAAAACGGAACAACAAGAACGAAUAAUGUUCAUUUCAGCUGUUUUAACAAUUCCACGGCCUCAUCCAGCUCUUCAUUUUCGGCGAGUUUCAUCUUCUCCUUCAAAUCCUUGAUAUUUCUUCUAAAAUUUUCCCCUUUCUGAUCCACCAUUAUUUCUUUAAUCACUACAGCAAUUACCUCCCUUUGAAGUUUCCCAUUUCCAUCUCUCAUAACUUCCACACCCACACCAAUUUCCACCACCAACCGAGCAUUUGGAGGCUGAUCAAGAUGCAUUGGCAUAGCUAUGAUUGGAACACCAAGCUCAAUGCUUUCCAUCACAGAAUUCCAACCGCAAUGACAAACAAAACCUCCAACGCUUCGAUGUGCUAGGAUACUCGUCUGGUGUGCUCAUUUUUCCACAAUUCUUCCCCUUUUUUCCACCCUCUCCAAGAACCCUUGAGGAAGAGCUUCAUCAGGCCUAGUUUUCUCUCCCACUGGAAACCUUAUAACCCAAAUGAAGUUCACUCCGCUGAGCUCCAAUCCAAAAGCAAUCUCUUCCAUUUCUUCCUUUUUCAGGAAGUACUCGCUCCCAAACGAGACGAAAACGGUGGAAAGAUCACUUUUUGUUUCAAGCCAUUGCAUCAGCUCAUGGUGUUCAUCCUGCUGAUCAUCGUGCACAACAGAAAACAGAGGACCCAGAGGCAAAACCUUGGUCUUCAUCAUAUCAUAUAAAUAAUCCAUGGAUUUCCCUUCAAUUUCUCUUGAGGUCUUCACAAGCAUGAUUCUGUCACAGGACCUGUUAGGCCUCUCAUCUUCAGGAUCAUCUUCUUGAGCAUCCGAAAUUCCCAGCGCUCCGUAACAUGGCUUGAUGAAAAUCCGAAAGACGCAAGGCAGGAAAAGGGAAUUCUGUGGUUGGAUUGAUGGCUAAGUGACAACCGUGUGCAAAUGCUGUUGCAGAAGAAGUUGCAAAUUUCACUGCCGGAAUACCAUGAGCAGAGGUCAACGAUGCUGUCCAGGACACAACAACAUCGUAUAUGACCAGAUCAGGACUGAGAUUCCUGAGGAUGCCGGAAAGAUUGGGUUUUGCCCUGGCAAGAGCGGUUCUGAGAUUUGGCAUGAGAGGGGGUGGGAGUCCAUUUGUUGUAUGGCAAGAAGAGGGAAGUUCUGGGGUGUCAGGAAGAUGAAGUUCAACCAGGUGAAUUGAUGGAGAGCAUUUUUCUGGGAUUUUGUUCUUGAUGAAAAUGAGAUUAACUGGGGUGGAACAGAAUAUGAGGGAUUCUCUGUCAACCAGUUUCUUGGCUAGUUGUAGAUGGGGAGUUAUGUGACCAUAAGCCAACCAUGGUAACAUUAGAACCUUAAGAUCAGAACUGCCAGUUGUUCUUGUACCCAUGAAUUCACCUUUGAUCUUGUCUGAAUCCUCAGUGAUGAGAGGUUUCUUUCUUUCUCGGUUAGCUGUAGCCUUUCUCUUCUUGUAUACUCUAGUUCAAAACUCAAUUAUGCAGGAGUUUGACUGAUGCUGCUGCAAUUAUGGGUCAACAGCGUCUGGGGAAAAAAGAUAAAAGAUGUGGGUUUCAGGAUUUCUUCAUUUAAUUUUACAAUAAUGGUGAUUGUUGACUGUUGAAUGUAUCACACUCUUGAGAUGGGUACACCUCUUGAAAUGUAAUAGAGCAAAGAAGUCAAAUGAAAGGACCAGGGAAAAGUCGCAAUUCUGUUGGGCUAAUUUGUAUCCAGAAAGUCCACCUAUGUACAAAGUUUGAG